AUUUCCUUUAAGAAGCAAAAUAUGGGAAUUUAUUUUCCAAAUGACAUAUGUUUGCCGCCUGCUAUCAACAGUUUGUAGCAUUUUGUAAAUAUUUCUGGUUUUCGUGUACAAGCAAAUUUAUUUAAAGCAAACGAGAUUGUGAAAAUAAAUUAGAAAGCAUUUGACACUUAAAAAGUACAAAAUAAUUGCAUAUGCUAAGUUUUUUUAGACGUUUCUCUAAACUUAUUGUUGCUGCGGAAAUGUCUUCCAAUAAAAGUAAAGCCUUGGAAAAACUGCGUGAAUUUGGUUACGCUUUCAACAAAAGUGGGCAGUUGCGUAAGAUAGACCCAGAGACCGGUGAAGCCGGCAUGGAAGGUUUUGUGUUUAACGUAUACAAAGAACAGGAAAAAAAUCAGGCACGUUACGAGCAGUUGGCAGAGCAAAUCCCAGAUAUUGUUUAUGAUUUACUGGAGCAAAAUGGUAUGACGCGCAUCUACAUACCUGAUAAUUUACCACCGGAGAGACAAACAUGUAUAUUUACUCAACCGAAAAACUUGCGUAGAUCUCAAAAGCUUAUUGUGCUAAUACAUGGCAGCGGCUAUGUUCGUGCUGGACAGUGGGCCAGAAGUUUGAUUAUAAACAAUUCCAUCGAUCACGGUACACAAAUUCCUUAUAUCAAGCAGGCGAAAUCUCUAGGUUAUGAUAUAUUGAUAACUAACACAAAUGAUAAUUAUCGUAUAAUUGAUGGUGUAAAAAAAUCUGUAUCUGGUCUUAGUACACCAUCAGAUCAUGCUGCUUAUGUCUGGGAAAAUUUUGUUAUAUCAUCAAAUCCAGAAAGCGUAGCGAUAGUAGCUCAUAGUGCUGGUGGUGGCGUAACUAUUGAACUGGCAAGGCGUUUUCCGGAUUUCUUUAAGCAAAAAGUUUUUGGAGUUGCGUUUACAGAUUCAGCACAUUUUGGUAUGCCAAGUGAAUUGCAGCAACUAUUAUCAGACAAAGCAUGCAAUUGGGUAUCUAGCAAUCAGCCUUUGGAUAAGGUUUUAACAACUUUUAAAAAUGACUUACCGUGUCGUUCUGCAGGUCAUGGCCAACAUGAGUGGACCUCUUACACUGCAAUCGAUGCGGUAUUUAAAUAUUUAGAAGAAAAGUUUGAACAAUUUACUAUUGAUAAAAAGCAGUAGAUUUACAAAAUAUGGACAAAAUCUGUAAAAUGCAGUAAUUAUCUUAAUAUAUAUUAUACUUAAUAAGUCAAUGGUUUGAUACUAAAACGCCAACUUUGGCAUUCGUUAAUAAUAUUCAUUUUUUGCGCUACAAAUUCAGAAUACAAACGCCAUUUGUCAGCAUAAAUCAAUUAUGAACACUACCAAGUGGUCAAAUAUGUCAAUAACAUCGACAUCAAUACAUUUAAUUUGAUUUGAUAUUUUACACAUACAAUAUAUUGAAACUUAAUCUUAUUGAUGUGGAUAACACAUUUAGAUAAAAAAGCCACUGAGUAAAGUGGGCCUUACUUAUAUUUGUAUAAUAAAAACUGACACUCUGCAAACACACACACUGUGUUCACAUAGAACUCAAGGAUAUGCUGUACAAUAAAAAAUAACCAUAAAAAACUGAUAACGACCGACUGGUGAUACAAGAAUGAGGAUUGAGUGGAGCCCGAUGGAUAGCAGAAGAAGGGGCAGACCUGCACACACUUGUAGAAGGCGAAUUGAUAUAAAAAUGUUACACAUGCGGAAAAGCUGCGGGAAAGAUGAAGCUACUAGCUAAAAAUCGCACCGAGUGGAAGAUCUCCUCCUAGGACUUAAAGGAUUCAAUAUAUAUAUAUUGUUUUUUACAGUUACAGAGUAGAAUAUACUGUGAUCUGUACUCUGA